AUGAGUCCUUCAGUUGAUACACCGCCAGCCAAUAAUGGCUUUCGCCUGAUUCUACACAAUCCAUAUCUUUGCGGUGUUGCAUCGUUUUCGACCCUUGGCGGUUUGCUCUUCGGUUAUGACCAAGGCGUCAUCAGCGGCGUCAUAACUAUGGAAUCAUUUGGGGCACGCUUUCCUCGCAUCUUCUCCGACAGUAGCUUCAAGGGAUGGUUUGUAUCUACGCUUUUGCUGGCUGCGUGGUUCGGAUCUUUGAUCAACGGCCCAGUUGCCGACCGCAUUGGGCGGAAAGUGUCAAUAAAUCUAGCAGUUAUAAUUUUUGUUAUUGGAUCGGCUAUUCAAUGUGGCGCGGUUGACAUUCCAAUGAUUUUCGCAGGCCGAGCAAUCGCUGGUUUAGCUGUCGGUAUGCUGACUAUGGUUAUACCGCUGUAUAUUUCCGAGGUCUCUGUUCCGGAGAUUCGUGGCGGUCUGGUGGUGGUACAGCAGUUAUCCAUCACUCUCGGCAUUUUGAUCAGCUACUGGAUUGACUAUGGAGCCAACUAUAUUGGCGGUACCCGCUGCGCCCCUAAUGUUCUCUAUACCGGUGGGACUGCCUCCAAACGCACGUUUGAUCCAUACCACGAUGUCCCAGUUGAAGGCUGUAACGGUCAAUCUGAAGCAUCUUGGCGUCUUCCAUUGGCAUUUCAAAUUGCGCCAGCGAUAAUUCUGGGAAUCGGCAUGCUCUUUUUCCCAGACUCACCUCGUUGGCUUUUGAUGAAGGAACGAGACAAUGAGUCAAUUGCUGCUCUCUCCAGACUUCGCCGCCAGUCGUGCGACAGUCCUGCUCUUCAGAACGAAUUUCUCGAGAUUCGAGCAUCGAUUAUGCUUGAGAACACUUUUGCCCGGGAACACUUCCCAAAUUUAUCCGGAUUUAAGCUACAUAUGGCUCAAUAUAUGUCUUUCAUGACAACCUGGGCUCGCUUUAAGCGACUGGCCAUCGGGUGCUGCGUAAUGUUUUUUCAGCAGUUUAUGGGAUGUAAUGCCAUGAUAUACUACGCGCCAACUAUCUUUGGUCAGCUUGGCCUUGACGGCAACACUACUUCACUCCUUGCAACUGGAGUCUAUGGGAUCGUAAAUUGUUUGAGUACCCUGCCAGCGCUUUUCUUCAUUGACAAGGUUGGACGUCGGCCUCUGUUGAUGGCGGGUGCCGCCGGCACCUGUAUCUCGUUGGUCAUUGUAGGUGGCAUUCUUGGAGGCUACGGCUCUAGUUUGGUCCGCCACAAGUCAGCGGGUUGGGCUGGCAUUGCCUUCAUAUAUAUCUAUGAUAUCAACUUUUCGUACUCAUUUGCCCCAAUCGGUUGGGUUCUACCUUCUGAGAUUUUCAACCUGUCCGUCCGCUCCAAAGCGAUAUCGAUUACAACUUCCGCAACCUGGAUGUGUAAUUUCAUCAUCGGUUUGGUAACUCCUGAUAUGCUCAAUACUAUCACUUGGGGUACCUACAUUUUUUUCGCCGCAUUUUGUUUGCUGGCUCUAGCAUUCACAUUCCUCUGCAUUCCCGAAACUCGAGGAAAGACUCUUGAAGAUAUGGACCUGAUAUUUGGAGACACAGCGGCACAUGAAGAGAAGGAGCGCAUCAAGCACAUAGAGGCAGGCUUACGGGGAACAAAUAUUGACGAUGAUGAAGAAUUGAAGCCAGAGACUCAGUACAUGGAGCUCACCGAUGCUGUCUAA